AUGUGCAUAGUGCAGCAGCAGCAACAGCAGCAGCAGCUCGACGCGUAUCAACAGCAGCAGCAACAGCAGCAGCAGCAGCAACAGCAGCAACAGCAGCAACACAAACAGGAACAGCAACAGCAGCAGCAACAGCAGCAGCAAAAACAGCAGCAGCAACAACUACAACAGCAAGAGCUACCACAACAACAGCAGCAGCAACAACAACACCAGUAG